AUGGAAGAUGAUGUUGAUGCCCAUAGCCCGCAUGUUAGAUAUUUGGUUUGGAAUGACGUCGGAGAAGCUGUUAGAGUGAAGAAGCAACAAGCGGAGAAGGUGCAAUUGGCCGAUCUCAUUAGGUAUUUGACCAAUGAGCUGACAAUUGGCCAAACUCAAGUACCGAAGAAUUUGGAACCCAUCAAAAUCAACCAUGUCAUCAUAACCUGGCAUUACCUCACCUUCAAAGGAAUUCGUAAGGAAGAGUACAUGGAGACUUUUGCAACUCAUUAG